AUGGCACUGCGAAUCCCACGGCCGUCAGGUGGGAACCUGGGGCGGACCAAAAACUUCAUCCAUUUUGCUCAGGCGUUUAUCGUCUUCAUUGCGUGGGCAUUGACGAUCGCGAUCUGGACCAAGGGUGAUGGCAUCGAUGGCCGCACCAUCUUUUACUGGAUCCUGUGCUGGGGCAGCGUCCCGGCCUUGGUUUAUCUCGCCGCCGUGCCCAUGUGGCCCCGCGCCCGUCGCUUCGGAAACGUCUACGCCUUCGCCACGGUCGAUGCUAUCUACGCUGUUCUUUGGUUCGCGGCAUGGGUAAGUCUCGCUUCAUACGUUGCUCAAGGAAAGUCCAUCGGCAAGACCUCCAGCAGCGACAAGUCCUCCAGCUCUUCGAGCUCGCACAAAUUCCGCCGGGCCACCGAGACCUCGAGCAGCGACAAGAGCAGCACCACAACCGCUAGCAGCGGGUCCGGCUGCGCCAACUGGGCGUACGGCAAUGAAGCCAAGUGCAAUAUCAGCACGGCGACGACCAUCAUUGGCGUUGUCAUCUUUGUUCUCUUCGCCAUCACAGCAUGGAUGUCCUUCCGCAACGUGAUGCACUUCCGCCGCACCGGAACCCUCCCUGACGCCGUCUCUGACCCGACCUUCGCUGCCCAGACCAAGGCCGCCUUCAACUCCAACCCGGCCCACGAUUUCGAGGAAGACGAAGAUGACUUCCGUUCCGGACGGGCCGGCAUAGGCGCUGCCUCCUCCCGUGGUGACCGCGAUGAGGACUAUGCUCUGUUGCAGCAGAGCGAGGUGGACGAUCUGGGCAGCCGGAACGCGAUGCACGGUGCCUAUGACCCUACCGCUCCUGCGCCCGGAGGUAUCCUCCACGAUGUCAACAGCACAGGCUACGGCGGUGCGCACGGGCAGCACAAUAUCCCAUACACCCCGUCCGAUUACGGGUCCGCCCACCCUGACUACGGGUCAUCGACAAUGAGCGGGUACGGACGAGUAUGA